CAAACUUGAGCAGACAAACAAAAGCAAAGACAGACUAGAGACAGAAAUUGAGUCAUUGCGUUCCUCCCUGAACGCUGCAGUUCAAGAACUUGAACUUCAUUUGUCAUCAGAAAGCAAUGCUGAACGAAGAUUUCCCAGAGAACGUGAUGAAUGCCUUUGCUUGCAAGUCGAGCUCCAUCGUGACCUCUCUGACGUGCAAGAAACCAACAAGAGCUUGUCUCUGCAGCUGUGUAAAGCUAAAAGCAAAGCUAAUAGGCUAGAAAAUGAGCUUCACCAGUUGAAGCAAAUGCUCGGAGAAAAAGCUUUGCUUUUAGAAAUGACAAAAAAGAAUUAAGUCAAGGCCAGUGUCGGGCAAAGGAAUGUGAUCGUGCUCGACAACUUGAGAAAGAUCCAGUAAGCAAACUUGUAAUAAAACAGGAGUCCCUGCAGGAGCGAUUGGCCCAGCUCCAGAGUGAAAACCUUUUUACUCCAUCAGCAAUGGGAAGAGAUGCAGAACAAGAGGAUCAUGAAAGAAAAAAUAGCGGAUUAUGGGCAGGAGCGUUUUAAAGACAUUUUCAACAAACUUAGAGCUGAUACAGAAAAGCAAGUUUAUCUAAUAGAAGAGCGAAACAAGGAUUUAAAUGCCAAGCGUACUGAUUUAAGGGAACAAGUCUUUAAAUACGAGACUGACGUAGUAGAAAGACAGGGCAUGUUUGGACAACUGCAGCAGGAGCUUGCUGCUGCACUUAAAAAGCAAUCUAUGCCAGAAGCUUCACUUGAAGUUACUACACGCUACCACAGUGACCUGGAGAGAGACAAGCUGCGCUUGCAAAAGGAGUUGGAAAAAACGGUGAAAACUAAGACGCAGAAGCAGAACAUGCUGGCUCUGACAUCCAAGGACUUGCACAGCACGUGGGAGGAGCACUUGAAGUCAAGAUCCCACCUUGAAGAGCGCGUUGCUCAGCUGGACGAGGAGAAGGCUGAACUGUUGCAACAGUUUGCUGUGCAGGUUGAAGAGGCUGCUGAGCAGAGCUACGAAGGAACUAAGGGUGUAUGAGGAGAGAGGGGGACUGUCCCAGCUUAAUUUGCAGGGAGAAGUGAAGAACAGGUAUUCUGAAGCGGUCAAUGAAAUUGGCAGAUUAAGAACAAAGGGAUCACGUCUACAAUAACAGAACGCUGCUAAUACACUGAGGAUCAGCUAAGGAAAGUGACUGUACAUCAGCCACUUUGGUCGGCGAGAACACUGCCAGAGCGAACAGGCUUGAUAAAGCUGUGAAGGCUCAUUCCAGAAAGCAAAAUGAAGGUUUUAGGAGCUGUACCAUUAUUAGCGAUGAAGAAAAAGAAGGUAUUUCACAGGGCUGAAUCUUCUCCCUAAAAAGUGGUACCAGAUUCCUGUCCUGUUGUCAUCAAUAUCUUCACUGCUAAUCACAGUGAAGUGUGUCCCUCUCUCUGAUUGAGGAUUUCUUUCCCAUCUCUCCGUUUUUCACAAACUCAUUGGCAAGAGACAGUUUCUAAGAGGAAGAAGUGUGCUGCCAAGGUGUUCCAUGAGUCACACCAUCUAGGGUAUACUGGACUGUGACAUCACCCCAAAACCUUACGGUACUUAUAAUAAGGUUUCACCACGCUGAACUACCUAGCGGCAUCACCGCAGCAGUAGAAUAGGAGGAUGGUUCCCAACUUAUCUACACCAAAGGCGUGACCUGUCUUUUGAUUUCUGGACCACGUUUCCAUACCCUCAGUGCGCGUUUGUGUUCUUUUGUGGCAGUGCCAGCUCAGGCACAUUUACUGGAAAGUAACUUUCUGACCCUGUCAUGGCAAGGCAGGUAACUAGAUGGUGCCUACAGCCCCCC